AUGGCCCAUUUAAACAAACUAUUUAAUAUUACUAAUAAUUCUCAAACUGAAUCAUGCUUUCACUGUGAAAAACAAAAAACAUUAAAUGAAUUUAUUAGAUCUUAUAGAGAUUGUGAAGAUACUGAAAAAAAAUAUUCUAAUUGCAAUGAUUGUGCAAAACAGAAGUGGAAUGCCUUUUCAAAAUCUGAAACUAAAGAAAUAGAAAAUAAAAAUAAUAUAUUGUAUGACUUAUCUGAAUUAGAAGAACAAGUUGUUAUACAUUUUACAAAUCUUGAAGAUAAUCAGGAAGUCAAAUUUUCAAAGAUCUUUGAGUUUGAAAAUAAGUUAAUUGAUAAUUUUCAAACAUUAAAUAAUGUUCAAGAAACCUAUAUUUAUAAUAUAGUUCUAUUUUUUCUUUUACCUAUUGAAGCUAGGUCUUAUUACUAUUAG